AUGGAGGCGCAGUGCUACGCCAGGGAGAAUUUCUUCGGCUGGUCCGUCUACGACGUCUUCCUGGAGAACUACCUGUCACACUUCCCGCAACAGCAGGUCAUGGUGUUGUACACGGACGAUCUGGCUUCUCAGCCCUUGGAGGUGUUUAGGCGAGUUGAGGACUUCUUGGGAGUACGACACCAUCAGUACGAUGAAGUACGAUCGGCCCUGAUCUUCAACAGCCGAGACUGCUACAACUGGAAGUGCGGCAAACAAAAGGAGGAAGUCCAGCCUCUCACGCUCGACAGUAUCGACAACACAACCACCGCCACCGAAUCACAACAGCAGCAGCAACAGCCGCAGUCGACCACAACCGGCGCUGGAAACGGCAUGGCUCUGAUGUCAGUUGAAAAUAUUGGCAAAAGCAACAACGGCAACCGCAAUAGCGCUUUCACUCAAGCAACCGCCCGGCUAACCGCUUUCUACCGACCGCACAUGCAACGGUUGUUCCGUUGGGCAGAUCGCGGCAUUAUUGCCCAACCGCCCGCCGCUUGGCGUACUGCGUACGGCUAACUGAUUGGACGUGCAUUGGUGGCGAGCCGUUGGUGGUCGUGAUACGUUGUCAGUUAUAAGCAUGAUGAAUGGUGAUAUGUUUUGGUGAUUGGUCACGACCCGCCGGGCUAACUCUGGCGUUGUUAAUGGUUUUGUAUUCUUUCUCUUCAGCUAAUGGAAGGAGGAAGGCAAAUUUUGAUUCUUAUGGUUGCCGAGUGAUAAUUGCCCACGAUUGCCGUUAAAUAAAGAAGUCAGGUAUGGCGCAAUAUCGGCUACCAUGCUUAAAUGGUCAGUUGUGCAUGUCGUGUUUUUUGUCAUUCGUACGGGACGCUAAAAGCUGCAGCAAGACUGUUUGCAUCAAUCUGUUGACUGGAUUGCGAAACAUUAGGGGGAGAUACAGAACAUGAACAGACGAGUAUAACAAAGAAAAUGAACGAGGAACGAUAUACGUACUGGAGGCCAGAGUCAAAGAGAUUACCGGUGGUGGCCGGUGGGGGGUGGUUAGAAUGGCAGAUGGAUGCAUUUGUGGUCUUGAUGUGGGUUAUGUUCUGAUGAGACACCAAUGGGUGCUGGGGGGCUAACGAGGGAACCCUACUACCACUUCAAACUAGAAUGUAACGAUGUAAGCACCG